UCUGCUGUAGUGAACAGCUCUGAGGAGAUAAACGCCGGUUUCAGCUCACAUCCGCUUCAACUCUCUUUCACUGUGACUUCCCGCACUUUCUCCGCAGUCAUUUUCUUCAACGCUCCGUUAUUUCGUCGAACAAACGACGUCUUUCAUUUUCCGUCAUUUAAAAGACAUUAUCUCCCGUGUGUUUUGGCAGUAAGUAAGGGCGUUUGGAGAGGAUGGCGGCUAUCAAGGCGCUUCAGCAGUGGUGUAAGAUUCAGUGCGAUGGAUACAGAGAUGUGAUCAUCAGCAACAUGAGCACAUCGUUCAGAGAUGGACUGGCCUUCUGCGCUCUCAUCCACAAGUUCAGACCGGACCUAAUAAACUUUGAGUCUCUCUCCAAAGACAAUGUGUAUUACAACAACAACUUGGCGUUCCGUGUGGCUGAAGACCAUCUGGGAAUCCCGGCUCUUCUGGAUGCAGAGGACAUGGUGGCUUUGCCUGUCCCAGACAGACUCAGCAUCCUCACAUAUGUCUCACAAUACUAUAAUUACUUCCAUGGCCGCUCACCAAUCGGGGGAGUUGGAGGUAUCAAGCGGCAUGCUGAAGACUCAAAGGAGGUGCCAUCAGAGAAGAAAAAUCUGCCUGUGGUUGCCAAAAACCUCAAUCUCAAAACAAAUACAGAGAACCGUCCUCCUCAAACUGAAAUGCCAAAAACUAUCAGAGACAACCGUACUCCAUCUCUUAACAUCCAGAAAAGUGCUCCAGAGAAGCACGUUUUAGCUACUCCAGCUCGGCAGACUGGCACAGACUGGCAGAAAUCUCCAGGGGCGAAAUGUGUGCAGGCAUCCGUCACUCCACUCAGAGCGAGAUCUCCACAACCACACAGAGAUGCUGAGAAGACUGUCUUGGUGGAGAGCUCAAAUAAAACUGGCACAUUGAAGAGUGAAUGUGCAGUAUGUGGAGAUCAUGUACAUUUGGUCCAGAGACACCUGGUAGAUGGGAAGCUCUACCACCGGAACUGUUUUAAGUGUAGUGUAUGCUAUGGCACUCUGAAAUCUGGGGCGUAUAAACUGGGAGGGGACACUGGCUCACUGGUCUGCACUAUUCACCAACAUGCCCAAAACAGCUUCAAGCCUACUGUUAAGCCUUUUAAGAGCAGUGGAUUUACGCUUGCUGAUUUGGUACCCAAAUCUGACCGUGGAGAUCAGCCAUCUGCACAACGCUACACCUCUGUAUUAUCUACACCCAUCAAGGCUGUGCCCAAACCAGCGGAGCUCAGUCCCGCUCCACACUCAUGGACGGCCUCUGCUCAGAGGACUCAGGCAGCCAGACAGAAGUUCUUUCAGUCCUGUGGCCCAGCAGCAGAGCAUCGGCCCGCCACAAGACCGCAGUCAGGCCCCUCAGAGUCCUUCACCAAUCAGAACACCAGUCUGAAGAUGGAGAAAGACAGAACCUGUGCACUGACAAAUGGAAAACUACUUGAAGGAAACACAAACAACAACAAUGCGCUUAAUUCUGAUCCAGGAGCACACCGGCAGCUAAAAAUCAGAUGCUCUUCUGCUGAGGUCUCUAGCAGGAGGCAAGAGUUACACGGACGAGAUGCAACAGGAAGAGCCACUCCAUCCAGCCCUGCUAUCAGCAGUAGCAGCAUGAACACCAAAGAAUCCCUCUACCUCAGUGCCAUCAGCAAGGAGCGCAGCAGACCUCCAUCCCUGCUGCUUUCUACUGCCAAAGAUGUUCAGAGCUGCGACGCCCCGACUGACUGGAGAUCAAAGCCAAAGGCAGCUCCAAAUGGACCAAGACUAAAAUCUCAUGAUAAUGCCAAGGAUGUCCCGAUGACUUGUGAAAAAAAUGAGAGUGACCCUUGUUUAAAGGUGCAAGAUGCUUCAACCUCCUCUAUAUCCAACAUCUCUCACUGCUCCAGUGUUGCCCAGAAAACUGAAAGGGAACAACAGCAAGGUACCUUGGUUCAAAAUGGAGCAUGUACACCACCAGAUACAUGUGUACAUUCUGCCCCUAUCCAGCCAUUCAGUCCUGUUGUCUCAUGUUUGGGAGAGACCUGCCAUGGGCAAGGUUCAAAACCUGACUGUUCCUUGUCCUCAUGUAUCUUGCCCUCUCAGUCCUGUCACAAACCUUCAUCUCCAAAACAACCUCGCCGCAGGUCGGCGACAUCCAGUUAUGACAAUGGAAAUAUCUCAUCUAAAAAUGGUUUACUAUGUGAAACGAGGUCACCUACUAUAAAGCCUUGCCACAUCACACCAGACCAGAUCUCAAAAGAGCUCCAGGACAUUGAGAACACUCUGAAUGAUUUGGAGAAUGAAGGGGUGGAGUUGGAGUGGAGACUUCGCAUUUAUGAAGAAGAGGGUCAUGGGGACCUUCUGAUGGAUCCCUUGAUGGUGGAAUGGUUUAACCUGAUUCGGAAAAAACAAAGCUACAUACGCAGGGAGUCAGAGUUGAUGUACAUAGCAAGAACACAGGAUCUGGAGGAGCAGCAGCCGGGAGUAGAAGGAGAGCUCAGGAGAUUAAUCAAUAAACCAGAACACCUCAAGACUCUGGAAGAGAAGAAGCGGGAAACUGAGCUGUUGAACAGACUGAUGAAGAUUGUGAAUGACAGGAACGCCAUUGUUGAGGGGCUGGAGGAAGACAGGUUAAGGGAGGAGGAGGAAGAUCAACAGUUGAAUGAAAUGAUGCAAAGACUGGGUCUUCAGAAGUUUAAAAACAAACGCAAGUCGUCCUUCUCAAAGUUAUUUCGACGGAGAAGUAAAAGCCUCAAUGGGAGAGUGAAGUGAUCCAGAUUUUCUGCUGUAGCCUGGUGAAGAUUUGCCUAAGAAAGUUUAAAACAAGGUGGGACUAGAAUCACAACUCUGUCAGGCAGCUCAGUGAGAUAGUUUGAGUUCCUUGAGCAAAAUGUUUCUUUAAUAACACUCCCCCCCCCCCCCCCCCCCCCCCAAUUAUUCUAGUCAUGUUCUGAUAGUUUUCACUUAUGAUUUAGCUAAUACUAGUUCUAUUCUAUUUACUGUAAGUGUUUAACAUUUCUGGUCCUAUGUUUAUUUUUGCCUUCGCUUUAAAUGUGUGGGCUAGUUUAAAUAAUUGUUCAAAAUAUACAUUUAUUUUCCUUUUUUUUUUUUUUUUUUUUUUUCUUCCACCCCCUCACUUGUUCAGACAUAAACGGUAACUUAUAUUAGCAGAUAAACAGAUGUCCAAGAUUGGCUGAAGCAUGCUACUUGACUGUGAUCCAAGAAUCUGUUGAGCAUCUUAAUUUAACCCUAACCUCCCCAAAAAAAGAAAAGUUGAACUGUGCGCUGCUUGUUAAAGAGUCGUUCAUGAUGCAGUGUGUGCAGUGAACUGAAGGGGGCACUAUGAGCUCACAUGCAUUUGUAUCAGAGUUUUCCAGUUUCUUAUUUUAUAUUCCUGAGAAUGCUAAAUCAAGCUGGAGAUUAGACCGCAGAGGAGCUUGUGUGCUGGAGAGGCGCGGAUUAUUGGUUUUAUUCUCUUUUUAAGUCCUCUAACCUAGUUCAAUUAAAACUGUACCUCAUUUAACUUAUCUAAGAAACAUAGUCUGUCCAAAGAUGUCUUUUACAUGGUGUUUAAAUAUAAGUAUUUGACUUAAGUGUUUGGAAAAACCCACAGAAGGAAUGUUUUAAGAAGUUUUUUUUAAAGUUCUCUUGAGAGAUGCUUACAAAUGAAUGUGCUUAUUUAUUGUAUAUUUGACUUUUAAAAUGAGUUAUCCAAUAAAUCUUAAUGAAGUUUCUUA